ACCGGGAAAGAACGUCAGAAACCGACAAUCUUCGUGACCAUUUGUGACUGACAGUGAACUGCUUCAAUAUAAAUGCCUUGUUUUAAAAUUUAUUUUUGAGAAUUAUUAUUGUUCGAUAUUUUCUGUCACUUAUUAAAAAAUUGAAACUUAUUAAAUAAAUUUAUUUUUGUAAAUAUUUAAUAUUUAUAUUGUUAAUAAAAUUUGAAAAUUGUGUUGAGGUUAUAUUGGAGUCACGUGUUAUUACAUAAAAGCAAAGUGUACAAUGUAGCUCUUUAAAUAAUUCUCCUUUUUUAGAUUGGAUAAAUAAAAAAUAUAUUAAACAUAUAUACAACUAAUUUAUAAAUGUGUUAUAGUGAAAACUUUAAAACAUUUUUAUUACAUAAUAUUUAUUAACUGUUAUUUAUUUAAAAAAUCUGUCAAAGAUAAAAGGAUAGUGAAAUAUAGUAAAACAAUGAAGUUUUUCACUGACUCCGUAGCACGUUGUGCUACACGAAUUGGUACAUUAAGUGGUUUUGAAAGAUUACCAAAUGUUUCUUUUGAAACGCCUCUGCUUCUCAUUUACACAAAGAGUGGCAGUGUACCACAUUUAACAAAAGAUGUCUUUAAAACCAUAACAAAAGAGGAACAACUACUAUCUGUCUCACUUUCCUCAUCAGUAUUAAUGAUGGAUGUCAUUAAAGAAUUGGAUACUUCUUUUGCAGAUUUUGUUAGUAUGAAGGAAUAUAUAAAUUUUUUAUCAAUACAUGAUCCUGCAUAUACUACCAAUUCUGGGUUCCAACAAUUAGAUUCGAUUUCUGUCUGGUCCAGAACAGGAAGAAUUGCUGUUACAGCUAAUAAAUAUAUGGAAUUUGUGCAAGCUUGUAAACCAGAUCUAUAUGUUGCUCUAUGCGAUGGAGAUACGAAUAUUAAUAGCGGAGCGAAACGAGUUUCAAAGGCGGUGCUUCGAAGUAAAACUUUACUAGAACAAUGUUUAGAUAUCCAUCUACACUCAGAUACUUUGAAAUCGAGAGGAAUACUAGGACCAGUGGAGGGUGGUUAUAACUUGCAAGCUAGAGAGGAAUCCAUAAAGUAUUUAAAGGAUAAGCCUUUGGCAGGAUUUGUAAUAGAUGGCUUGCAUAAUAAUGGACCAAGUGUACAGAACAUUUCAUCGGAGCAAAUUAAAGAAGUAGUACAUCAUACCAUCAACUUGUUGCCCACAAAUAAAAUUAGAGUAUCAAUGGGUUGUUGGAAUCCAGCAACUGUAUUAGAUCUUAUUGAAUUAGGAGUAGAUGUAUUUGAUUCAUCUUAUCCUUAUGUAGUUACCGAACAAUCACAGGCUUUGACUUUCAUGUGUGAUCAUGACGUUUGUGAGAAUAAUCAAUAUGCAAUGUCAAUAGCAGAAAAAAGAUAUGCAGACGAUUUUUCACCUAUUUGUAAACAAUGCAAAUGUCUUGCAUGUCAAAAUCAUACGAGAGCAUACAUUCAUCAUCUGCAUCAUACCAAGGAAAUGCUUGCUUUAGUACUUUUAAUGAUACACAACAUUCAUCAUUAUCUUCAGUUCUUCAAUGUCAUUCGUAAUAGUAUAAAAACUGGUACAUUUAGUCAACUUCAGACAAAAAUUCGUUUAAAAUAUGCAACUAUCAACUCUGAAUCCACUACUGUAUAAACAUUGUUCUUAAUAAAUUAUUUUUUAACUUAUAAA